CGCCGCUGACAACAAGACGAGAGAUACUGUCAACUAUGGUGAGAAGAGGGUCGUGCGCCGGAGCGUGCGUGGUGGCAUGCGUCCUCGCGGUUGCACCCGCACCAUCCGCAGCGUUUCUGUCCUCCCCACGCCUCGCCAAGGUCGGAACGGCAAGGGCACAUGGAGCCAGGGGGGCAACGCGGACGGGAGCGAUGCACAUGUCGGGGUUACCCGCGGACUUUGACCCGCUGUCGCCCAGCAUGGACCACUUGUCUAUGAUCGACCAGGCUAGCAAGGGGCGUUCUCAACCAAGCAUGAUCGGGGGUGCGGGCGGUGUGACCGAAGACAGGAACACGGACCUCGACGGGGCGAGGGUGGGGCCUCCUCCUGACCUGCCGUCGCUGCUGCUUCACAACCGCAUCGUGUACCUUGGGAUGCCCCUCGUGCCGGCGGUGACGGAGCUCAUCAUCGCGGAGCUGCUGUACCUGAACUACGAGUCAGCCUCCAAGCCCGUGUACAUGUACAUCAACACGCCGGGCACAUCCACCCCCGACGGUCGCGCGAUCGGAUUCGAAACCGAAGCGUUCGCCAUCAGCGACUGCAUGAACUACAUCAAGCCUCCGGUGUACACCAUCGGAGUGGGGCAGGCGUUCGGGCUGGGGGCCAUGCUGCUUGCCUCGGGGGAGAAGGGGCACCGUUCGGCUCUGCCCAACGCGAGCAUCAUGCUCCACCAGCCGCGCAGCAUGGCGAGGGGGCAGGCGUCGGACAUCGCCAUCAAGGCCAAGGAGGUAAUGGCUAACAGGAAGACGGCGACGCAGAUGCUUUCGGAGGCGUGCGGAAAGCCUUAUGACGAGGUCCUCCAGGACUCGUCCAGAACCUUCUACAUGUCUCCCGACGACGCGGUAGAAUACGGCCUCAUCGACAAGGUGUUGCGGUCGAGCAAGAAGGACGAUGUCGUGGCGCCCGCCUUCCUCGACGCGUUGUCCAUGGGCUCACAAACAAACAGGCAGUCGUUGUACGAGGACUAGACCGCUAGUCUACCGCAGUAGCCUGCUACAGCAGUGGUCUAUUGCUGUUGUUGUCGAGUCCUUCCGUUGUCAAGAGGAGGCUGUCAGUCUGUUGUGCUGGUCGCAUGACGGUCCUGGGUUUCCAACUGAUUUUUUCUGUGCCAGGCGGGGACAAGGGUCGCACAAUGCCACCGGCUUGGCGACGUCUUGGUUGCAUGCGUGCAAUCGUUGUUUCUGGUUUUGUUGACUUUUGGGUGAUUGUCUUUCGCUGUAGGCGGGGAGGCGGCUGCCGUGUCGUGCCAGGAAAUUUUGGAUGGCGAAAACUCGAGUUGAGGUUCUGCUAAUGUACGCAUAGCAGCUGCUGUGUUAUGAGCAGUGUUGCAGGCGAUGGACGAGCUUGCCCUGACCAGAAGUGUGCAUUCCAGUUGUUACGCAGAUGGCGGGAUGACAUGUGGGAAACUAAAACAUUGUCCUGCACACCUCAUUAUUAAUGCGGCGAAAUCUGCGCUCGGCAUCGGUCUUGUCACUUGUUUCUUCCCGAUAUUCAGCGUCCAGGUACCUCGUGAAGUGCUCCUGGGACACGUCAUCGGCGCGGUUUGCAUGACCUGUUGAAACGUUUGUGAAGCAUCUGUUGUUUAUUUUCUUCGAAUGUUUUGGUUUGAUAGCAAAGCUGCGUAUAUAUGGCCGUGUAAAAUGCCCAACAUGUAGCCACGGCUGCUCCAUGAUACCCCUCCCGCGGAACAGAGAUGACCUGCCACCGCACGCUGAGCACGGCACACGGAACGGCAUGGACAUGAAAAAGGGUGUCACCAGACGUGCCUUCAGCCCGCCCUCGGAAUUUUUUUUUGUUCUGACGCCGGCUAACCCUGAGCAAGCAAGAGAGCAUUUCCAUGUUACAAAGCCGUUGAAGCGUUGGAUUCUGGCAAGCGCCGUGCUUAUGGCGGGAGGGUCUGCUUUGCUCUGCCAAAGACCGAGGGAGUAUGAUAUCGGCUGCUUUACUGGAGGAAACGCGAAGAUUCCUGUGCCCGAAACGGCACGAGAACCUUUUUUUGAUUAGGUGGGGCUGUGGGCCGCAGCGAGGGCGCAGGGGCAGUGCCCCGCUUCUUCCGAAACCAAUUCUCUCUCCUCUCUCGCUCCGUCUGCACAGGACUCGGCCAGCAACAAUGAGCUCUCCCGCGUACGCGACCAUCGAUGAGACUUCUGGGAUCAAUGCCGUGAUUGGACAGCCUCAGUCUGCGGAGGCGGCGCCCCUCGUCGCCCCGCCUGGAGCGCCCACCGUGGGGAUGUGGGUAGAAGAGCGCUACUGCGGGCUGACCACUUGGCUCAUCACCCUCGUGGGAGGCCUCCCGUGUUCGUACUUCUGCCCUUGCGACCGCAGGACGGUAUGGGUCAGCGGAGGAGUCAAGUACAACGAGAAGGGAGCCGUGACCGACGACUACCUCUUCCUCAACCCCUGCCCACCGGGAAGCAUGUGCCACCCCAACCCCACUGCCUAACCUGAGGGACAACGCCUCCUUGCUCUAAGGGGGUCGGGGACACGGCGUCUUGGUCGAAAUCAACAACGAGCUCAACUUUUGUCGUUGUUGUUCGUCGUCAACGUCGAUCGGCAGAUCUUACCUCUCUUUGGAAGAUCCAAGAUCAGUACCUACAGCUAACCGUUUGUCUUGAAAGACUAUUAUAUCUGAUGAGUAUAAUAGCCUGCUGAUAGUGUUGGUACCGAGGCUCGAUAAUUGUUGCUGGUGUUGUUGACACGAUCCAUUUAUGGACGCCUUGAAAUUUUUAUGCAAACAGAAACGAGACCCUAGCUUGGGUAUGCAUUAUACGUGUCGAGUCUGGCGUUUAAUUAAUUAAUGCCACAUUUUUUUUGUGGACAAGGAAAAAUGCAGAAUGCUUGCAAAACCAGCCAAAGGCCGUUUCAAGGCUUUGUAUGUAUUUGAAUUGGCACAGCGUUUACUUCAGAUGUUCACUUUUGUAGUAUCACCCUCCUUGUGGAAUAUCCCUGCUUUCCGGGAUGGCCUGAUCCUUGCAAUGUGUGGUGUUCCUUACACCCUUAAUUUUAUGGACGAUACAUAUCGAAUAUAUUUUCUUGGUUCUUCCCGCUGAGUUAGAGGCGCUCGCCGUGGCUCUGAACUUCUGUUUGGGGAAGGGGGUAGUUCACGUUGUUGCGAUAGGUGUACGGUUUUGGUGUUGAAGUGGCUUUGGACGGUAACAAGCAGGAAGGUGCGGCCCAAAUCAGUUUGUUCCGGCAGUUGGAAAGAGACGCGUGUCCCGCGGCAUCGUUUUCUGCUCUGUUGCUGCGAUGCUUGCUGCGUAUCAUCAUCAGUUUCUGCUGCUGUUUCG